AACACAGGACAAAUGUUGCUCACAGCCACGCAGGCGCUUAACAUUUGUUCGCUGCCUUGGUCACGCUCAGGGAUCCCCGCCGUCCUUUUCCAUAGCCACGCUUUCUCCUAGCCUUGGGUCAUGACAGGAGCAUUGCGGACGAGCGCUUUCCUACUUUUGGCAUUGUUGGCGGUGGGCACGGGUGCUCUGUCCACGAAACAUAGACCUCUCGGAAGGAACUUCGUCAAGAGAAGCGAAAUACAACUGGACGCAGCAAUUGUGGAUCGCAAUGGGACCGAAUUGCCGCCUCUCAACACGACAUACUACUUUGAUCAGUUGAUCGACCACACCAAUCCCAGCCUUGGGACGUUCAAACAGCGAUAUUGGCACACAUGGGAGUUCUAUGAAACUGGCGGGCCAAUUAUUCUGACCACACCCGGAGAAGGGAACGCAGAGGGCUACGAAAGCUCUCUGGUGAAUUCCACGAUCAAUGGGAUGAUCGCCCAGGAAUUGAAUGGAUCAACAAUCGUUCUGGAGCACCGAUUCUAUGGCUAUUCGAACCCAUAUGAUAACCUUUCCGUCGAGAGCCUGCAGUAUCACACGAUCCAGCAAGCGAUUGACGACUUCGAGUACUUCGCAUACAAUGUGAAACUGCCGAUGCCUGGUGGCGACCAUGUUACACCGGACGAGGCACCGUGGAUUCUCAUUGGGGGGAGUUAUGCCGGCGCGUUAACCAGCUUCACCAAAGUCAAUAAACCUGACCUGUUCUACGCUGCAUGGUCCUCAUCGGGGUCGUGGAGAGAUCUUAGUAACUACUGGGGCUACUUCGAUAUCAUUCGACAGCAUAUGCCACAAAACUGCUCCGCUGACGUACAGGCGGUAAUCGGGCAUAUCGAUUCUGUAUUCACAUCUGGGAACGACACUGCCAUCAACGAGAUCAAGGGUCUUUUCGACAUGAAUCUUACACACCUCGAUGACUUUGCGAGUGCAUUGCAAAACCCACUCUCCGAGUGGCAAGGUCUCCAACCCUCGUCUAACCUGUCGGACUCUCUAUUCUUCCCCUUUUGUGACGCGUUGGAAGUCAAGGACAAUCAGACUGCACCGUCGAGGGAUGGGGUCUUGAGAAUGCAUUGGCGCAUGGGUGGGAUUUGGAAAGAGACAUACUAUCCUUACUAUUGCAGUGAUCAAGACGCUGAGUCAAACGUGUUUGGGGACAUACAAUGCAAGCGACCCGUAUACACUGGUCUUACUGUCAACAACGCGGAUCGAUCAUGGUACUGGAUCUUGCAACCAAAUGGGCUUCUAUCAAACGCAGCGCCUGAUGGCGAGCCGACUCUUGUUUCUCGUUUGAUCCAGCCAAGUUACGGGAGCGCCAAUGCAUGCUAUGUUCCCGGAGGCGUUCAGCUCUCCACCAACGCCAAGGUGAACGAGACGAAUGCGGCGUAUCAAGGAUGGUUCGUCAAGGCUGAUCGCCUGUUCUUCGCGAAUGGAGAGAAGGACCCAUGGCGCGACGCGACUAUCUCCGCUGACGGGACGAACUUCCAGAGCACUAGCACGCGGCCUAUCGCCAUCGGUGAUGGCUACCAUUGCUCGGAUUUGGACGCCGCGAAUGGAGAAGUCGAUUCGACAAUCGCCGCUGUUCAAGCUCAGGGCUUAGCUGCGAUGAAGAGCUGGCUGGAGACAUGGGAGCCCCCAACCCGUCGAUAAGUCCUACGAGACGUACUCCCUUGUAGCACCGGUGAUCACUAUUUUGGACUUGAUAUUUGCGAUGGUGAAAGGGCGUUCGUUCGUUCAUCGAGACGUCUUCUUACGGUCUCUCUUUGAGUAUUACGGUAGAACAUUAUAUAAUAGAUCAUUAUAUGCAACUUAUACGGUACAGUAGCUAGGACCGUGACGUGACGUGUAUCGAUCAAUUGUUACGCGUCACGCAUCACGAAUCGAGGGCCAGUAUCCGCAUUUGAAGUCCA